UUACUUCGCAAACAUAUUGUUUAAAAUGCUAUCACCAGCUAUUCACUUUUUGCCUCAGCGAUUCCAUAGCAACCACCACAUGACCUGCAGCAAACACACCACAGUUGUUAGAGCUUCACUCAAGAAGCUUCUGGCCAAUGACGCACUCUCUUUGAAGUAGUCCAGAUUUAGAGGUAUUUCAUGUUGUUUUAAGAUGCACCGAUCCUACCAGCCAAUUUUGCCGUGUGGCAGUAAAUACCUUCAGCAAAAGUGGGACAAAGCGGCAUACGAAGAACACAAGAGAAAGAUUCAGACUACCAAACCUGUGGUGGACACCUCUACUCCUCGAACGUAUGGGCAUCUUCAUUUGAAGUUAAGAAAACUUAAGCUGGAGAAGGACCGCCUGUCAAUCAUCGAGAGGGAGAACCGUUUGCUGCUAGAGAAGAUGUCUUGUAUCAUGAGGACCAAAGGAAGAACUGAUAACAAAAAUGAGUAUGAGGCCAAAAGCUUAAACAGAGAAAGACGAGAACGAGAAUUUCGAAAAGUAAGCCAGGAGAAUCACGCCAUCCUGGAAAGAAUUAUGAACUGCAAACCUCGAUACACAGUCCAAAAGUGGAAUGAAGAGUGGCAAAAGGCUGAAAACUACAUGAACAGUAUUGCAAGAUAUCCUCGUGGGUUGUGCAAGUUGCAGGAUCAAAAGUAUACCAUUAGCACCAAAAUGAGAGGGUCCAUCUGCCUUCCCCAUCCCUCUAAGGAACUAAAAUUAAAGAAAACAACAGCAGAAAGAGACAGAAAGAAAAAAAGAGAUAUGAAAGAUAGGUAUGUGACAAACAAAGUAGAGGAACCAGAGGAAGAAGAACUGAUUCAUCAAAUAAAAAAACCAAGUAAUGAUCACGAAAAAGAAAAUCCAGUAGAAAAAGUGUGAUUCCAUGCAUUACGAUGACACUCCGUAUAAUGGAUAUCACUAAACGGAAGACCUGAUAUAAGGGGAUGCAUAAUUAAGAACUUAUCUUGGUUAUACGAAGGGUAGAUAUUAGAAUCUAGUUCUAGACAUUCUUCUUAGAUAAAGCAUAUAAGCAAGCUGACCAGAGCAGGAAGCCUACACGUACUUGGAAAGUAUAUCCAAUUGAAAUCAGUGGGAAUUACUCCCAAGAAAGCAUGGUUGGGUGAAUUAUAUAGAAUCACAGAGUUGUAGAGUUGUAAGACACCACAACGAUCAUCUCGUCCAACCUCCUACAAUGCAGGGAUCUGGGUUGUGACUACAGCCAAAGAUGAAGAAUUUCCAUGAAAACAAAACUCACAAUAAUAAUAAGAAAAUUACCAGGGGGGAAAUGUUUUCCCAAAUAGUUAUAAACAGGGUUUUAUUCACGCUUAAGGGAGAUUCUCCAUUCAUGAGCCAACUUCAUUCAAUUAUCACUGAAACGUCUUGCUUCCAUCUGUUAUGAUUUGUACAUCUCAGAUAUUAUCUGUUUAACUAUUCUGAGUGCCUGGUUUUGGGGGCACUGAGUUAGUCUACAUCAUGGAUGGUUAACCUUCUUCAGCCUGAGGGCAACAUUCCCAUCUGCACAACCUUCAGUGGCAGGGGCAUAUGUCUGUGGUUCUUAGGGUUGGGGGUUAGCUGAGCAGGAAAUUAGUUAGUGCUCUUCAAUCAGUCUCAACCUACGAUCCACCUUUGACUCUCAAUCAGCACCAUAGGACUCCCUGUGUCAAGCUUAUGUAGAGAGAAAUUAAAUAACUAAAGAAGAUAUUCAGCCAAGAAAUAAAAUAAUGUUGACAUUCCCACAUGCUACAUGUUUUGUGGUGCCAAAUGAAGACCUGACUCUUAAGAAGAUUUUGGGAAAAGAUGAACUGAUGAUCUGUUCAGUUCAUUUGUAGUAUUAUUGGUAUAACUAUUAUUAUUAUUAUUUUAUCAUGCUUCUUUAUAUUGUUUUGAUUAUUUGUAUCUAAUGUUAGCUGCUUUGAGUUCCCUUAGUGGAAAUAAAGUGGAAUUGGAUAAAAACAAAAGUUGAAACAUACUACUUGAAAGUAAGAGCUAUUGAAAUAAAAGCCAGUUGUCUUCAUAAAAUGUUUAAAGUGUUCCUCCGGUGACAGCAAAGAUGAAGUGUUCUCUUUGGAAUCUGCUACAAAAGCCUAAGCAGUAAUGUAAUGGCCCAAACCUGUCCAGCUUCUGAGACCCCAUCUAGAUUAAUCAGGUUAAAUGCAGAGGAAGGGCUGCUACCAAAACAAAUGGAAUAGGCUUGGUUGUAGAAAAUAGGUGCAGAAUGG